AUGGGCAAACAUUUUUCGAAAUCUACUAUAGAUGGUCCGAAAGCAAAAUUUCCAUAUCGGGAGGCGAUUGGUUCUUUAAUGUACCUCAUGGUGUGUACAAGGCCAGAUAUAACAUGCGCGAUAGGCGUAUUGAGUCGUUUCCUUGAAAAUCCAUUUGAAAUUCAUUGCCAAGGAGUUAAGCGUGUUUUUAGAUAUAUAAAGGGCACACUUGAGUAUGGUGUAUCAUUUAACCUCAAUUCAAGUGAUACUGAGCUCGUCAUGUAUUGCGAUGCAGAUUGGGGCAAUGAUAGUGAUACCCGUCGCAGCAUUUCUGCUUGGAUUGCAUUCAUAAAUGGUGGUCCAGUUAGUUGGAGUUCUAGGCGACAGAGUGUAACUGCAACAUCCACUACUGAAGCAGAGUUUUUGUCAAUUUGUGCAGCAACAAAAGCAGUUGUAUGGUUGCGCAAGCUUACAAGCGAUGUAAAUUGCAAACAAUAUGGUGCUACUAUUAUUAACUGUGACAACCAAAAGGCAAUAGAGUUAGUGAAGAAUCCAGAUUCAUCAAAGCGAACUAAGCACAUCGCUAUACAAUACUUUUACGCCUGUGAUAUGCAAGCUACUGGUGAAAUUGACAUGAAGUAUGUCGAAAGCAACAAACAACUUGCGGAUGCUCUUACAAAAUCUCUUAGUAAAAUUAAGUUUGAAAUGUUGAUAAGCCAAUAUGGUCUAGCUAAAGUUUGUAAUAAAAAAAGCGAGAAGGAGUGUUGA